AUGCAGGCAAAGAGAGUUUCAGGUUUAUUGCUCAGCGAGACAGUGCCUUUGGCUAAGUCCAGCAUAUGGCCAACAGGAGCUAUGUCAGCAGCUGAGAACACAGCAAGUCCUGAAGCAAACUGGAUUAGGAAGCCAUUGUAUGGAUUGUUUCAAUAUAAUUCCAGUAUGAUUGGACUAGAAUCAUUAGCCGAUCCCUCAGAUACCUGGGAAAUUAUAGAGACUAUUGGAAAAGGCACUUACGGUAAAGUCUAUAAGGUUGCCAAUAAGAAAGAUGGGAGUCUGGCAGCAGUAAAGAUUCUGGAUCCUAUCAGUGAUGUAGAUGAAGAAAUUGAAGCUGAAUAUAAUAUUUUGCAGUUUCUUCCCAAUCAUCCUAAUGUUGUUAGAUUUUAUGGGAUGUUUUACAAAGCAGAUCAAUACGUGGGAGGACAGCUCUGGCUAGUACUUGAGGGCCUUCAGCAUUUACACAAUAACCGGAUCAUUCAUCGUGAUGUGAAAGGGAACAACAUUCUCCUGACAACAGAAGGUGGAGUCAAGCUCGUUGACUUUGGUGUUUCAGCCCAGCUCACCAGCACGCGGCUGCGUAGAAACACCUCAGUGGGAACACCCUUUUGGAUGGCACCUGAGGUCAUUGCUUGUGAACAACAGUAUGACUACUCAUAUGAUGCUCGAUGUGACGUAUGGUCCUUGGGAAUAACAGCUAUUGAACUAGGGGAUGGAGACCCUCCUUUAUUUGACAUGCAUCCAGUGAAAACCCUCUUUAAAAUUCCAAGGAAUCCUCCUCCUACUUUGCUACAUCCUGAAAAAUGGUGCAGAGGAUUCAACCAUUUCAUUUCACAGUGUCUUAUCAAGGAUUUUGAAAAGCGUCCUUCAGUCACCCAUCUUUUGGAGCAUCCAUUUAUUAAACAAGUACAUGGUAAAGAUAUGUCUCUCCAAAAACAGCUGGCUGACCUCAUCCAAGAACAGCAGCAGCUCGGCUCCAUAGCCAAAACAAGGCAUGAACGGAUACAUACUAGAAGACCUUACCAUGUGGAUGGAGCUGACAUGCACUCUCUGGAUGACGAUCUGGUAAAUCUAGAAGUUCUAGAUGAGGAUACAAUUAUCCAUCAGCUGCAGAAACGCUAUGCUGACUUACAAAUUUAUACUUAUGUUGGAGACAUUUUAAUAGCCUUAAAUCCCUUCCAGAAUCUCAGCAUUUAUUCUCCCCAGUUUUCCAAGCUUUAUCAUGGUGUGAAGCGUUCAUCAAAUCCCCCCCACAUAUUUGCCUCUGCAGAUGCUGCCUACCAAAGUAUGGUUACAUUCAGCAAAGAUCAGUGCAUUAUCAUCAGUGGGGAAAGUGGUGCUGGAAAGACGGAAAGUGCCCAUCUGAUUGUCCAACAUUUGACCUUCUUGGGAAAGGCCAACAACCGUGCGUUGCGUGAGAAAAUUCUUCAGGUGAAUCCUCUGGUUGAAGCAUUUGGGAAUGCCUGCACUGCCAUCAAUGACAACUCAAGUCGCUUUGGAAAAUAUCUGGAAAUGAUGUUUACGCCCACAGGAGCUGUAAUGGGGGCAAAGAUUUCUGAAUAUCUACUUGAAAAAUCAAGGGUCAUAAAACAGGCUGUGGGAGAGAAAAAUUUCCAUAUAUUUUAUUAUAUUUAUGCUGGCCUUUAUCAUCAGAAGAAACUUUCUGAAUAUAGACUUCCUGAUAAAAAGCCUCCCAGAUAUAUUGAUAAUGAAACUGGAAGAGUAAUGCAUGAUAUUGUUACUAAAGAUUCCUAUGGAAGGCAAUUUGAAGCGAUUCAGCAUUGCUUUAGAAUUAUAGGAUUCACUGACGAGGAAGUGUACUCAGUGUACAGAAUUCUCACUGGAAUCUUAAAUACUGGAAAUAUUGAGUUUGCUGCCAUUUCUUCACAACACCAAACAGAUAAAAGUGAGGUUCCCAACCCAGAAGCCUUAGAUAAUGCUGCUGCACUACUAAGUAUUGGGUCAGAAGAACUUCAAGAGGCCCUAACCUCCCACUGUGUUGUAACACGAGGGGAGACUAUUAUCCGAACAAACACUGUGGACAAAGCAGCUGACGUGCGAGAUGCCAUGUCUAAAGCACUUUAUGGCCGUCUCUUCAGCUGGAUCGUAAAUCGUAUUAAUACUCUGCUUCAGCCAGAUAAAAAUAUAUGCAAUGCUGAAAAUGGGAUGAAUGUUGGGAUACUAGACAUAUUCGGAUUUGAGAACUUUGCAAGAAAUUCCUUUGAACAGCUGUGCAUAAAUAUCGCUAAUGAACAGAUCCAGUUUUAUUUCAAUCAACAUAUCUUUGCACUUGAGCAGAUGGAAUAUCAGAGUGAGGGCAUUGAUGCUACUACAGUGGAGUAUGAGGACAACCGUCCACUUCUAGAUAUGUUCCUCCAGAAACCCAUGGGUCUCCUGUCUCUACUGGAUGAAGAAAGUAGAUUUCCUCAGGCAACAGACCUAACUUUAGUUGAUAAAUUUGAAGAUAAUUUACGAUGCAAAUAUUUUUGGAGGCCAAAAGGAGUAGAACUCUCUUUUGGUAUUCAGCACUAUGCUGGAAAGGUAUUAUAUGAUGCCUGUGCAUUUUUUGAGAAGAACAGAGAGAACAAACUUCUUCAGCAGCUCUUCUCUAGCCCGUUAACAAAAACAGGUAACUUGGCACAAGCAAGAGCCAGAGUGACAGCAGCAUCUAGGUCUUUGCCUCCACAGCUUAGUGCUGGGCGUAUCAAGUCUCCUAAAUAUCUCCUGAAGGUUGACACGAUGGAGGUUAUGCGACACCCUGAGGAAACAACUAAUAUGAAGCGGCAAACUAUGGCUUCCUAUUUUAGGUAUUCCCUCAUGGAUCUUUUAUCCAAAAUGGUUGUUGGACAGCCUCACUUUAUCCGCUGCAUUAAACCUAACGAUGAUCGAGAAGCACUGACAUUUUCUCAUGAGAGAGUUCUACUGCAGCUACGAUACACUGGAAUUCUGGAAACUGUCAAAAUACGUCAAAAAGGGUAUUCUCAUCGCAUCCUCUUUGAAGAAUUUGUGAAAAGGUACUAUUACCUUGCAUUCAAGGCACAUGAGACUCCCCUUGGUAGCAGAGAAAACUGUCUUGCCAUUUUGGAGAAAUCUAAACUAGACAACUGGAUUCUUGGGAAAACCAAGGUUUUUCUAAAGUAUUACCAUAUAGAACAGUUAAAUUUGUUCCUGCGAGAAGUUAUAGGGAGGGUGGUGGUCAUGCAAGCCUAUAUCAAGGGAUGGCUUGGAGCAAGGAGGUAUAAAAAAGUCAAAGAGAAAAGAGAAAAUAGUGCUGUUACCAUACAGUCAGCCUGGAGAGGAUAUGAAGCUCGCAGGAAGUACAAGGAAAUAAGGAACAGAAGAACUGAUGCUGCUAUACAUAUUCAAGCAGCUUUCAGGGGAUAUAUUGUUCGUAAAAACUACACAAGAUUGAAAAACAGCACUGACUGUGUAGCAGAUCCUCAGUUUAUGAGCAGCUGUUCUACUUCUGAUUUUGGCUGUGAAGAGGACUGGCAGCAAACCAGUAACCAGUCUCCUCCUGUGGUGCCUGAUUUUCUUGACAAUCAAACAAAAAAGGAGGUUUUGGAUAAGAUUUCUGCUUCUCCAUUUAUUCGAAGACAUUCGUUCAAAAUGAACAAUUCACAAUCAAUUAGCCAAUCCCAGUCAGUUGCAGACCAUCAGUUGUCAAGUCCCUCAAGAUCCCAUAAAAAAGGAGGUUCAGAAAACUGUCUUGAACAGAAGCUGAGAACACCUCGUCGACGAUGUCAGCAGCCCAAAAUGCUGAAUAGCCCUGAGGACAACAUGUACUAUAACCAGUUAAAUGGAACUCUAGAAUAUCAAGGGAGCAAGAGGAAGCCAAGAAAACUUGGCCAAAUCAAAGUGCUGGAUGGAGAGGAUGAGUAUUACAAAUCAUUGUCAGCUGUUGAAUCUAUCCCUGAAGAUGACAGCUUUCUCAGUUCCCCAUCUCCUCCUUCUUCAAGAGGUGUGUCUUUUGCUGAAAGCUGA